UUGAGUUGGUUGCCAAAAUAAAAUAUUGUUGGACAUCGUGAGCAACUCCGACAAACAGUCGCUGGUUUCGACUCUAAUCCCGCGAACGGAUCGUAGGGGGUCUAUCUGCGAUCGAUUUGCAAUUUGCGAAGAAAGUCGUAAACCACAGAAUGUUUCGCUAAUUUCAAUUUUUGAUAACUUUGAACAGGUAGUCACCGUGACUAGUGAUAUGUGACGGAAGCCAUGUGCAGUGAACUUUAAAAGAACUUAACUAGAACUUAAUAGACACAUAUCUCUUGAAGUAUCUUACAAGAUAACUAAUUGUUCUAAUCAUCGCACGAUUAGAGCACCGAAUAGUGAUAAGAUCUAGAUGGUAGUGUCAGGCAUUUGAAAAGGAUGGAGGAACGCGCGAAAACAUCUGAAUGCACCAAAGAGACCGAAGUAAUCGAAAGCCCCAAAGUAUGUUCGUUCAGCAUCGAAAGUCUUCUUGCACCCAGCAAGAAGAUCAUCGAAAACGAAGCUCGGGUACCCAAUCACACGGAGGUUUAUUUGCAUGGGCAGGAAUCAAAUGAUUCGGAGGGACGGAAACUGGUAGCACCAGAUUCCUCGAUGUCGAUGGCGGAAGAAGUCGAAUUCGAUGACUCCGACAUGGUUUGUUCCACAUCUCCUGAACCGGAAAUGUGUUAUGAGGCGUGUACCAGCAGUAGCAGUGCCAACUCCACGACAGGUGUUGAUAGGGAUGUCCAAGAAAAAAAUGAUAGCGCCACUAGCGACGAUGAAAGGAAAAAGAGGCCGCGCACAGCGUUCACCGCUGCACAAAUUAAGUCAUUGGAAGCGGAAUUCGAGAGGAACAAAUACCUGAGCGUUGCGAAGAGAUUGCAGCUCAGUAAAAGUCUAAAAUUGACCGAAACUCAGAUUAAAAUUUGGUUUCAAAACAGACGUACUAAAUGGAAAAGAAAGUAUACAAAUGAUGUGGAACUAUUGGCGCAACAAUAUUACUCCAGUUUAGGAAUUCCAGCGCCUCGACCAAUUUUUGUAGGGGAUCGUUUAUGGUUUUUUAAUUAUCCAGGACAACCACAGCCGGGAACACCGAUCUUUCCUCAGCAUUUAGCGACUGUACCUUUACCACCUGCCUUGCCUAUCGUGCAACCAUUACCGAGUAAUUUGACGAUGGGUCAACAGACUUCGAUUUUUCAAAAUAUCCCUACCAACAACCCAGCAUACCAUUUGAAUCAAAGGUUGGAUUUCAGGCAUCAGGACUCUUAAACGUUUGAAGUCAUUGGAAUUAUAGUCACAUGUGAUACGUAUUUUUGUCAACCACAAAAAAAGGUCCAAUUUAGUAGUCAGAUUUUACACGAAUAGAAACGAAAACAUAUCACGAUCGAAAGUUUUAAUUGAGAGACCAAAUAUCUAUAAGCGAAACUAAAUGUAUAAAAGAUGUUUAAACAAUA